AUGAGAGGAGUUGGUCACCAGAAAGACCCACGGACACUGGCGACGGCCAGAGUGGGGAAUGGACCACUAUUGAACGAAGGCGCGCUGCAGGCGCCAGAGAAUCUGACCCGGGAACAAGAAAACCUGGUGAGAGAAGCCGAAAAUAAGUUGACCCCGGCUGAGAAAGAAAGAGUUUGGACUAGAUGGAACAUACCUAGUCGUCCGUCAUCCGACGGCAGUGAGCCGGAGGAGUCCCAAGUAGCUGGACCCUCCAAGGACAAAGGAAAGGUCCCGGACCCCAGGAAUUGGGGCAACGCCAACCUCGAUGAGGAAGAUAUUGACCUGGAGGCCCAACGUGCUGCACUGGCGUCGUACCGAGCAGCACGAGGAGGAGGGCCGGACGUCAGGGCACAGGAAGAGGCGCUGCGCACAUAUAAGGCGGCGCAAGAAUGGGCCCAGAGCUCUGACGAAGGGUCAGCGCCAAGAGACGCUGAUAGCCGGACUCAACAGAAGGUCCCGGGAGAUGACUUGAUCACCAGGACCGAGGCAGAGGCCGCGGUGCGAGCUGCGGAAAAGAGGUACAAGAUCAGAUCUCGUCCGCUUCGAACCACGGCAAGCGAUAGAGAAACGUUAGAUCUAACUCCAAGGACGAAAAGAGGAAAGAGACGUACCAGGAUCGGAGAUAGAGAUCCCGUUGGUGCGCUAGUCGAUCAUGCACUGGAAAGGUCUUCGGACCCUAGAGAGCGGCGCGCGACGCCUAAGGCGAUGGACCCCGCGCGACAAGUGGCACCCAAAAGCUACAUAGGACAAGCGUUAGGCCGCUUGGACAAGCAGCGCGACAAAAGCGAAAGACGCACCCGAAGACGAGGAGACACAAAGAGACGACGCGAUCGUGCUAAAAAGAAAAGCACGUUAAAACCUAUCCCACCCGUAAAUUACGACGGCUCACCUGAUUCGAGGGCGUUUCACCAGUUUCUGACUGAGGGGACGGCCUAUGUCAAAGAUGGCCAUGUCGAACGAAAGAGGCGAGUUUACAUCCUCGCUCAUCAUCUAAAGGGGAGAGCGCGUGAGUUCUACAUAAGAGAAGUUUCUGGAGACCCUUACCGAUGGAGACUCCGGGAGUUCUUCACGAAAUUGUUUAACUAUUGUUUCCCUGUCAAUUUUAGAAUGGAACAGAGAGCGAAGUUAAAUAAAUGUUACCAAAAUACUAAGUCCGUCCGCGAGUACGUCUAUGAGCUGAGUGAACUCUGGAACAUGAUAGGCGACGUGGAGGAACGGCAAAAGGUGUCGCGAUUCUGGACAGGCCUAAGUCCCAGCAUCCAGGCUGAACUCUGGAAGAAGGAGUUAAACCCGGAAUCGUCGAGUUUCCGCGAAGUAAGAAACGCUGCAGAAAUAAUAGAAAUAGCACACUCAGUGCCAAUCCACCGGCGAGACAAGGAGAAACCCACUUCUGGCUCCGGAGGGACGAACGGAGGUGGCCAAAAUACCAAUCGCCGGGAGGAUGGACGGCUGCGACACAAGGACAAAGGAAACCGAGCCCCGCAAAAAGGCGAUGGCGGGUCUUGGAGAAAGCACGAUAGAGGGAAUCGUGCGGGAACUGCCGAAAACGGACUGAAUCGCGGACAGAGGAAGGAUACUGGACAAGGGAAAAACUCACCUGCAGAGAGGAAACCUGACCGGCUGAGUCAGGCUGAGAAAGAAAGGCACGCGGCUGAGGGCCUCUGCUAUGUGUGCCAUCAGCCAGGACAUAUAUCCAGGAAUUGCCCUGACAGGACCACUGUCAGAAGGACAGGGGGUGGUAAUGCGCCCCCUGGUGUACAGAACUUCAGCAUACAGGUAGACCUGAGCGAGGCAGAAAGGGUACCUCACCAAGAUGACGCCAUAGCGUCGAAUGGUGCCACCGAGCUCGGCUGUGCGUCCAUAGGACUAGACUAUGAAAGUUCGGAGAGUGACGAAGAGUCAGAUGAGGAAAGCGAAUCCGAGGAUGGAUAUCCCUUACCUUUGCCUAGAAGGCGCAGACCCACGACGUUCUACGAUGGACCUGGGAAGGAUCCUGACUGGGCGGCGCGGGGCGUUAAAGAAACGGCCAUGGGAGACCCAGUGGCCAUGCGGGCGAAAUAUAUACUGGAUGGAGGAUUCUACCCAUGGGAUACCAAUCCAUGGCUACCCAUCGACCCUGAACGAUUCUUCGUGUACUGUAUAUCUGAAAUAGAGCAUGUUAUAAUGGACAGGGAGGAUCGAAGGGACACCGAACUAACUGUGCUCACCUCACUGCUGCUGAACCCACAGUUCAGACUGGCCGAAUGGUAUGUGCAGAGGGUGGGGGCUCUUCAGGGAAUGGACCCAAAGCAAAUUCGUCAAUGGCGAAAUAGAGAACCAGGACCUAAGAUGACGAUGGAGACCCCAUUGUCGGCACGCGCAGAGCAGUUACUAAAGCAGCGGAGACGUUACCCGGGUGACCCGGUUCGUGGAACGCAUCACCCGGAGAGGUUUGACGUCCUGGUACGAGAAAAGGUUAACGGGGGCUCACGAUAG